AAGGAUUCCGGAGGCUUCCCAAUGAUCGUGAAGUAUCGCGAUGCAUGGUCAGCGAUUGGAACCAGUUUUCUGGUCGCUUUCCCGGAGUGAUUGUCCGUUUGUCAGAUGCCGAAUUCUCCAUGAUGUGAUUGUUGGAUAGAAGAGGGGUAUAUAAUUAUGCCACGCCCGCUUCCGUUCAAGUGAUGGUCCAUUAAGACAGUAAAUCAAACACUCAGUAUAUCCUCGGAAAAACAAGAAGUCGCACAAAUUCGCAAUGGGUGUCAUUCUCCUCGAUCGAUCAAACGAUGCUCUGAACAUCAACCCUCCCGUUGGCACAUUCCAUCUAGUCGUCCAUGGCUCAGACUGGCUAUGGGCAGUCUGCGCGGUGUACUGUAUUACUCUCAUCGCGACAAUUCUUCUAGCUUAUUUCGCCAAGCAAGGAGAGAAGAUCUUCCAUUAUCUUUUCAUAAUCUCCCUCCUGACAGGCUCUGUUACUUACUUCGCCAUGGCCUCGGACUUGGGCUCUACUGCUAUCAGGACUGCUGACAACACCGCUGGAACAAGACAAAUCUUCUAUGCUAGAUACAUCAAUUGGUUCGUCGGCUGGACCCCAAUCGUCCUAGCGGUCGGACUCGUCUCUGGCGUCUCAUGGGCUACAAUUAUCUACAACAUCGCUCUCGUAUGGGCUUGGGUAGCCAUCUGGCUCGCUGGUGCCAUGACUCCCUCAACCUACAAGUGGGGAUUCUUCACCUUCGGUCUCCUCGCCUACUUCCUCCUCUCCGCAUCUCUCCUACACAUCGGCUCCAUCACAGCCAAGCGUCUCAACAUCACGAGGCACUACUCUGCUCUUGCCGGCUACCUCGUCUUUUUCUGGAUGCUAUACCCAAUCGCAUGGGGUGUCGACGAUGGAGGAAACAAGAUUGGUGUUACGAGCGGAUUCAUCUUCUUUGGUAUCUUGGAUCUAUUCACCGUCCCGUUCCUGUCCAUUGGCGUCUUGGUCUUGGCCAAUAGUUGGGACUACAGGAACAUGAAUCUGUACUUCACGCAAUACGGUGGCUGAGGCUCAGGCUAGUGCUCCUGCAGCUGCAGCUGCACCUGAGACUGUCUAAGCCAGCGAAUGGUGGGCGGUGAUGAAGAUUGAUGAUUGACGAUCAAUGACGGGAAGGGAAGAUGGACAAAAAACAUGCGGGGCCAUUUCUUUUGUCAGUCUGUCAUGAUACCACUCGUUGCAUGCUAUCUUGAUGAUACCAUUCGUGUUG